CCACCUUCAUCCGCUCUAAAUAACUUUAUCCCCUCGUCAACAACACUCUAUUGCAAUUCCCAGCGUCAGGUUCAUCAAAACUUGCCUCUUUCCUCUGAGAUAAUCCUUGUGAACCACCUCCAAUCAAUAAUUUCUCCUAUCUUUCGUCCACCUUCAUCCGCUCUAUAUAACUUUAUCCCCUCGUCAACAACACUCUAUUGCAAUUCCCAGCGUCAGGUUCAUCAAAACUUGCCUCUUUCUUCUGAGAUAAUCACAGUGAAGAGAGCGUGAAAUAGAGUGCAAGAGGAGGAAAAAAGAGAGAGGAGAACGAUGGGAGGGAGCCCAUGCACCACCGUAUCGGCCUCGUGCCGGCGAGCGGAGUCGGCGCUUAACAGGGCAGUCGCCGAGAGCCCCACCGGCCGGUAUUUCAAGCUCGACGCCCGAAAGACCUCCUUCACCAAGGAGCUCCGCGCCGGACUCUCCACCUUCCUCACCAUGGCCUACAUCAUCUCCGUCAACGCCGCCAUCCUCACCGACUCCGGUGGCCCAUGCACCGUCCACGACUGCACCCCCCACCACCCCCACCUCCCCGCGGCCAACCGCACCCUCCCCGGCCCCGAGUGCAAGUUCCAAUCCAAUCCCGGCUACCUGCAAUGCCUCUCGCGCACCCGCAGCGACCUCGUCGUCGCCACCGUCGCUAUCGCCAUCAUCGGCUCCCUUUCCAUGGGCUCCUUCGCCAACCUCCCCUUCGCGUUGGCCCCCGGCAUGGGCUCCAACGCCUACUUCGCCUACAACAUGGUCGGCUUCCACGGCUCCGGCCCCGUCCCCUACGGCACCGCCCUCGCCGCCAUCAUGCUCGAAGGCGGCAUCUUCCUCGCCCUCUCCGUCCUCGGCCUUCGAUCCAAAUUGGCCCGCAUCAUCCCCCGCAACAUCCGCCUCGCUUCCGCCGCCGGCAUUGGCUUCUUCCUCGCCUUCACCGGCCUCCAAGGCAGCCAGGGCGUCGGCCUCAUCGGAUCGAGCUCGUCGACAUUGGUCAAGAUAACAGCGUGCGCCAGGACCGAUCCGACGACCGGCGAGUGCCUCGGUGGGACCUUGCAGAGCCCCACGUUCUGGCUCGGCGCCCUCGGGUUCGUCGUCGCCGCCAUCUGCCUCGCGAACGACGUCAAGGGCAGCAUGAUCUAUGGGAUAGUGUUUGUGACCUUGGUGUCUUGGAUUAGAGGCACCAGUGUAACAAUUUUCCCUGACAGCCCCAUAGGGAACGCUAACUAUGAGUACUUCAAGAAGGUGGUCGACUUCCAUUUGAUAAAAAGCACCGCUGGAAAGAUAAGCUUCAGUGGAUUCAACAGGAACGAGGUCUGGAUCGCAGUGAUUACACUCCUUUACGUCGACGUCCUCGACACCACCGGAUCGAUGUACUCGAUGGCGCAGUACGGUGGGUUCGUGGACGACAACGGGCGUUUCGAGGGGGAAUACCGUGCGUUCAUCGUGGAUGCGAGCUCGACGAUCGUUGGGUCGGCGCUCGGGACCACGACAGUGACGACGUUCCUCGAGUCGACCGCCGGACUGAGGGAAGGAGGCCGGACGGGGAUCACGGCGAUCACCGUCGGUGUUUUCUUCUUUCUCUCGCUCUUCUUCACACCAUUGUUUACCAAUGUUCCACCUUGGGCUGUUGGACCGUCGCUGGUGCUGGUCGGAGUCUUGAUGUCGAAGAUGGUGAUGGAUAUCGAGUGGUCGAAGAUGAAGGAGGCCGUGCCGGCAUUCCUGACUAUGAUGUUGAUUCCACUCACCUACUCCAUAGCUAACGGGAUUAUUGCAGGGUUGGCAGUGUAUUUAAUCCUCCAUUUGUAUGAUUAUGUGGUGGAGGGAUGGAAGUGGGUGAUGAAGAUGAGGAAGAUGAUGAAUGAGGCUCAAAAUCAGGUCUCUGCAGCUAGUGCAGAGGUUCCAUCCACAGCUGUUUGAUAGGUGAUCUCCUCUGUUACCCUAGUUUAGUCUCCUCCUGUUGUGCAAUGCUAUGGUGACAAACAUAAUGACAUAGAUCCCUCACAAUGCUAUUCUCCUUUGGAAAGAAUGUUGAGAGGGCUAUUGUCUGUGUAAUGUUUGUCAUUCUAUCAUCACUCAUGUUCUUCUUUUUCUUUUUCUUUUUCUCAGGUGCUUUUUAUUAGUUUGUUUAUGUUUUGUAU